GCUGGGAGCCGCAGUCGCCCGCCGUGGCGCUUGGAAGGCUCCGGCAGUGGAGGCGCUGAUCGCGGCUUGGGCGGCCCGGAGGGUCUCGGGGAGUCUCGCCUUCGCGGAGCCCGUCCCCGGGAGCCCUUCGGGGCUGCGGCUGAAGCCUGGGGAGUCCGCGCCUUCUCCGCUGACCGGUUCCCCUCCCGGGGAAGGCGCAAGGAGCCGAGCCGAGCCGCGCCUGCCCUCUCCCCGCCAGGACUUUGGGCCAAACUUUCCCCGCCUGGCUCUGCGCGGAACUUCCCGGCGGCGGAGCGGCGGAGCGAAGGAGCGGCGCCCGCCAGGCUGGCUGGGUAUGGAGUUCGCCCGUUGUUGGCUCUGCCGGGUUUCCCGCCCGGAGCGCACCUGCCUUGCCGGAGCAGCGCCUCUUCCGCGGGAUCGGCAGCCGCCGCUCGGGCCAUGGGGCUACCGGGGCUUUGCGGGAGGGAGACGGAGGCCGGCCGGGGGGGCCUCGGACCUUCUCCGGGCCACCUGUGAGCCCAGCGCCUCCCGCCUUGCGACCAGCCGGAGGGCUUGAAGCCAAGGAGACGGGCACGGGGGAGGCUGAUCCGCGCGCCCUCCGCGCGUCGCCAUGGCCGGGCCCCGCCGUGGCCCGAGAGGCGCCUUGCUGAGCCUCCUGCUGCUGGUGCUGAAGGCUCCCGCGCCUGCUCCGGCCGCCUCCAAGGGCCUCGUCUGCCAGGAGAUCACGGUGCCCAUGUGCAAAGGCAUCGGCUACAACCUGACCUACAUGCCCAACCAGUUCAACCACGAUACUCAAGACGAAGCCGGCCUGGAGGUGCACCAGUUCUGGCCCCUGGUGGAGAUUCAGUGCUCCCUGGACCUGAAGUUUUUCCUCUGCAGCAUGUACACCCCCAUCUGCCUGCUGGACUACGCCAAGCCUUUGCCACCCUGCCGGUCAGUGUGCGAGAGGGCCAAAGCCGGCUGCUCCCCUUUGAUGAGGCAGUACGGCUUCGCCUGGCCGGAAAGGAUGAACUGCGAUAAGCUGCCCGUUCCAGGAGAUGCGGAGAUGCUGUGCAUGGAUCACAACCAGACGGAGGUCACGACCUUGGCCCCCUUGUUGACCAAGCCCACCCGCUCUUCCAAAGGGAGCCACAAAAACCUCACCCCCCUAACCGGUAGCGACUGCAAGAGGGUAUGCGCCUGCAGGGAGCCCUUCGUCUUCAUCUCCCAAGAAACUCACCCGCUCUACAACAAGAUCGAGACUGGCCACGUGCGCAAUUGCGCCAUUCCUUGCUUCCAGCCCUACUUUACCCAAGACGAAAAAACUUUCGCCACCUUCUGGAUUGGCUUGUGGUCCGUCCUAUGUUUCAUCUCCACUUUCACCACAGUGGCCACUUUUCUGAUCGACAUGGAAAGGUUCAGGUACCCCGAGCGCCCCAUCAUCUUCUUAUCGGCCUGCUACCUCUUUGUAUCCAUCGGCUACAUCAUCCGGCUGAUUGUGGGCCAUGCUAACGUGGCCUGCAACAAAGAUUACAACCACAUACACUACGAGACCACGGGGCCUGCCCUCUGCACCGUGGUCUUCCUCCUGAUCUACUUCUUCGGCAUGGCAAGCUCCAUCUGGUGGGUCAUCUUGUCUCUUACCUGGUUUCUGGCAGCUGGGAUGAAGUGGGGGAAUGAAGCCAUUGCUAGCUACUCCCAGUAUUUUCACAUGGCAGCCUGGCUCCUUCCGAGCAUAAAAUCCAUUACCGUUUUGGCCCUGAGCUCAGUCGAUGGAGACCCGGUCGCUGGGAUCUGCUAUGUGGGCAAUCAGAAUGUGGACAAGCUGCGGGGUUUUGUCCUCGCUCCGCUGGUGGUGUACCUUUUCACCGGGACCAUGUUCCUGCUGGCUGGUUUUGUAUCCCUCUUCCGAAUUCGGAGUGUGAUUAAACAAGGGGGCACAAAGACGGACAAGCUGGAGAAGCUGAUGAUCCGCAUCGGGAUCUUCACUGUUCUUUACACCGUCCCGGCUACCAUUGUGGUGGCCUGUUACAUCUACGAGCAGCACUACAGGGAGGAGUGGGAGACGGCUCAGAAUUGCUCCUGCCCUGGGGACAAGGCCAGACUGAAGCCCGACUAUGCUGUCUUCAUGCUCAAGUACUUCAUGUGCCUGGUGGUGGGCAUCACCUCUGGGGUCUGGAUUUGGUCAGGCAAGACGCUGGAGUCUUGGAAGCAGUUCACGGGUCGAUGCUGCAGGGGAGGGAAGCCGGUGAGCGCCACCAUGUACAGCGAGGCCAACAUAGCGCUGACGGGACGGACUGGGCUGGCCACUUCUGCUUCCUACCACAAACAGGUUCCCCUGUCCCAUGUGUGAAAAAAGCAUCUUGCUUGGUCUGUAGGGGGGCAGGGACAGAGAGCAAUUUUCCAUCCCUUCGCAACUCCACUCUUAGAAAGCAAGAACGCCUCUGUAAAAGAUUGAUCGCUGGGAUCUCAUCUUCCAGAGAGUGGUCAUAUCAUAUCCUUAAGCGGUUUGUAAACCACCUGAAGUUGCCUGCUCUUACUAAAAGUGAAACAGCGUUAGCAGUAGCCAUAAAUCAGAAAGGAGAAAAGUCCCAUUUCCAAAUGUUAGCAAUUUAAAUAUACACUACAGGGAAUAUAUUGCAUGUUCCUGGAAAUUAGAUUGCAGAAAGUUUUACUUUCUUUUUAUAGGCCAUUAUUUCUAAGGAUGGUUUAUAGCCACAUGCCUGGGAUUUGACUUAACUCUUCACAAGUGUCACUCUUUCCCUGCUCCUUGAGGCUAUGGUUUUAAGUUGACCACAGAGAUAAAUCUAAUUGCAUUGUGAGACUUACAUCUGAGUAGACAUGCUUGACGUGGACUGAUUAAUAUUCCCCAUU